UAACACUCCUACAUGCAUGGAGUGUUGAAGCAAUUGUGCGGAAAGUUUCUCCUGGAUUUAAAUGAGCGAGGUUGUUUAUGUGUGCUAAGCUCAGUGGUUAACGUAAGCUGUAAGAUGGCUCUACAUGAGGUUAUGACAUCUACUGCAUUCAAUGUUGCAAUAAGGAUAAUGGAAAGUUGCUGCUUCUCUGAGAAAGAAGUUGUAACAUUCGCUUUCAAUUUCUUAUCAAUACCUGCAUUAGUUUGGAAUCUGAAGCUAAAACAUCCAAAAUGUCUGUCACAAGUACUUGAUCAUGGUUUGCUUGGACGAUGCAUCCUCCUCUUCCAUGUGGAGGGUGCAUGCGAAAAACAUGGAUUAAUUCCAUCGCAUUACUCGCCUGACGGGGUGAUUUCUGUUCUUUGCAUUUUCUCCAACCUUGUUCAGUUGUUUGUGAUUGAGCCAAACACACUGGUUCAAUUGAGAAUACAAUGUGUGUCACUGCUGAACCAGCUCAUGAAAUAUUUAUACGAAAACACAACCAAGCAGAAAUCAAACUUAACAACCUGGCAUCCAGUGCUUGGUUACUUUAGCAACCAUGACGCACGGAACAGCCAUUCUAUGCAAGAAAUGAAGAAACAACUUGAGUUAAUGUGGGAUCCCGUGCUGGUUCGAACUUUCUUCUAUGAUGUUCUUACAUUACCAUCACUGCAUGCGGAAACAUCUGUUCCAACACAAGCUGAACAAAUCACUAAAGCAAGAAACAAAAUCAAAUUGACAGAUAAAUUAAGUUCGUAUCUCAAAUCGAUCGCGUCAUCUCGGCCCAAACACACUUUGCUGCCCACUGGUGGUAGGAAACUUGAGUACGCUGAAGUGAAAAACACGUGUUGUACUUGCCUUCUUUAUAAGAAGUCACUAUUAGUGUUCACAAAGCAACUUCACCUAGAAAUGUUAACCGGACUUACUUUUAUGGAGGAAGUUUUAUGUCGAUUAUGGAGGUUCAUAUGUGAGCUUGGUCCUACAGGUGGAUUGCAACUUUUCCUCUCAGCUUUGUCGUAUCAUCCUGAUCAAGCUGAACCUUAUUUUGCCGUGUUCACUUUAUUUUGUGACAUGACGUCACAUAUCUUGUCAAUUCUGGAUGAUGUUGAGUUUUACGAACAACAAGUUCUUUUCCAUCUCGAGGAACUCGUCACAAUUUCAUCUUUUUUGUGUCAGUUUGUUUUCAAAGUAAUCUGGGGUAAUCUAUUGAAAGAUUCAUCAAGCUCAGUUUACCCUGUAUAUGAAUCAGCCCAUACUUUACUUAUGGUGUUGUAUGAUAGAGAUGCAAGAAGAUCAUUCACUCCACCAGGCCACUGGUUGUACAAGGAAGUCAAAUCCAGUGUGAUUCGAGCAGAAGUUGAGAAAUCCCAGAUGAGAGGGAAACUUAUCAUGGACAAGAUUCCUUUCAUUCUUCCUCAUAAAGACAGGGUUUUACUUUUUCGAUCAUUGGUGGCCGCCGACAAACUUAAACUAGGAAUAACGGAAGACAACGGUUCCAUGGUUCAUAUCAGAGUUCACAGAAGUCGACUUGUUGAAGAUGGUUUUGAAAAACUUGGUGCAAUGCAAGGGAAUAAGUUAAAAGGCAUCAUUCGUGUGAAGUUCAUCAAUGACCUUGGAUUAGACGAAGCCGGCAUUGAUCAGGACGGUGUCUUUAAAGAAUUUCUUGAGGAAAUUAUUCAGAAAGUUUUUAAUCCUGAUAUGAACUUGUUCAAGGUCACAGCAGGCGGAGACAUGAAGUUAUAUCCAUCACCCCUCUCAUAUUUACAAGAUCAUCAUCUGCAUUUGUUUACCUUUGUUGGCAAAAUGUUGGGCAAAGCAAUAUAUGAAGGAAUUGUUCUCGAUAUUCCGUUUGCAAACUUUUUCCUCAGGAGUAUAUUGAGCAAACAACAGACAGCGUUAUACAGUCCAAUAGAUGAACUGCCGGCCCUUGACCCUGAAUUUUACAAAAACCUGACAUGGAUCAAACGUUAUGAAGGCGAUAUAAGUGAACUUGACCUGAGGUUCAUGCAUGAGGAAGAUAUAAUGGGGAAAAUACAAUCUCAUGAACUAAUACCUGGGGGAGCUGGUAUUCCUGUUACCAAUGAAAACAGAAUAAUGUACAUCCACACUUUGGCCCAUUAUCGCCUCCACACCCAAAUCUUGCAUCAAACAAAAGCUUUCGUUGCUGGUUUCCGAUCGGUUAUUCCAACAAAUUGGAUUUCUAUGUUUUCCUCACCAGAGUUACAGCGACUGAUAUCGGGAGACAACGUUGAUAUGGAUUUAACAGAUUUAAAGAAACAUGUGGUAUAUUACGGAGGAUUCCAUUCAUCACAUCGUGUUGUACGUUGGUUAUGGGAUAUACUUGAACAAGAUUAUUCACCGUCUCAAAGAUCCGCUUUCCUUAAGUUUGUCACUUCGUGUUCACGACCUCCACUUCUUGGCUUCGCAAACUUGCAGCCCCAGUUCUCUAUCAGAUGCGUGGAGGUUCCUGAUGAUGAAGACACAGGUGAUACUGUGGCAACUGUGCUUAGAGGAUUCCUCCGUCUUCCCUCGCGAUCUAGAAGAUCUUCAAGCCAUAACCACCGACUCCCAACAGCAUCUACGUGCUUCAAUCUGCUUAAAUUACCAAACUACCCAAGCAAAGUUGUUUUGAAAGACAAAUUAAAACAAGCGAUUGCAAAUAAUACCGGCUUCGAACUAUCUUAGCAUAAAAAACUUGUAUUUUUUUGUAAAAAUGAAUUCGUUUAAUGAGAAUGAUCUUAAUAUAUUAAUCGUUUAUUGAUGUGUUUUAAGCGAAACCAACUAUUUUGAUCAAAAUAAAAGUGAAGACAGUA